AUGGCGUUCGAGAAGACGCGCGACGCGAUGGACGCGCGCGAGGAGGUCGGGCUCGAGGCGCCGCGCGAGGAGGUCGGGCUCGAGGCGCCGCGCGAGGAGGUCGGGCUCGAGGCGCCGCGCGAGGAGGUCGGGCUCGAGGCGCCGCGCGACUCUCGCGCGGACGCGGACGGCGGGCCAGCGGGACCCCUCGGCGGUUUUUCCUCCUCCUCCGACGACGAUCGCGCGGGGGUCUUCGAUCGCGAGGAGGACUCGGCGGCGGUUGAGGACGUCGGCGGCGCGAGCGCGCGCGUGCGAGGGGACCGCGCGCCAGACUUUUAG